GAUGACCACAAAUCAAGAAAAUCACUCAAAUCCUUAAUAUGUCGAUCUCUUAAUUAGAUAUUUCGUGAUUUCGUCUCAUACAUGAGUUUUCUGAAGAAGAAAAGGGUACCCACCCAAGCAGAACUGUUGAGAGAAAAUAAGAUCAAGAAAAAUUUAACGAAAGAAUUCUCCAUUUCUUUGAAAAAUCUUCAACAGAAACAUCUUAAUAGUGAUGAGCCUGUUUAUAGUGAUGAUGUAGCCAACCAUCUAUGUGGGGUUUUAGAAGCUGUAUUUUUACAUGGUUUACGUGAUUCCGUCACUGCUAAGAUCGCUAGUUAUGUAAAUUUCUCUAACGACCAUGAAAACCAAGUGAAUACAAACUUUUGGAUUUUUGUGACCAAAUUUACCCAUAAAGAUGUGAUCUCCCAAUUAAAACAUCUAGGACAGAUCACCACAGAAAUUGGACUCAGCAGGGCAUGGAUCAGAUUAAGCCUUAACGAUGGGUUGAUGGAAAGUUACAUAGAAUCUAUGGUCACAGACAAAAGAACAUUAGAUUACUUCUAUCAACCAACUAGUUACCUUCUUGAUAUAGAACAACCUGGUAUUCUUACUUCUUAUAUGAAAGGUCUACUAGAGCUACAGUUCAUUCUGUCCUAUAAUUCUAGUGUGUUAAACAGUUGGACCACAACUCCACUAAGUCUAGCUGGUAUCAUUGAGAAACCUAAUAUUACUAUAGCUGUAAUUGAUUCUUCAUCAGAUCAAGCAAAACCAGUGAGUUCUGCUCCCACUUUAAAGCAACCAGAGAGUCCUAUCCGAGUUGUCAAGAACAGAUCUCGGACAAAAUCGCGAGGAAACUCAGACCCUGAUGUACCAGGCACUUCGGUACCAAAAGUUCCUCCAAAUACGCCUUUUGCAUCCUCAGGAUUUACUCGGCAAGAUGUUGAGGACAUCAAGAAACUGACUGUUCAAUCCAGACACAGCAUUUCGGAAAGUUCCAACUCCAGCCACAUAUCUUGUCCAGAUAACAGUUCCUCGGAACAGCCUAUUAUCUCCCCUUCAAGGACUUCCUUCCUCAUGGAUCAGAACUUCGACGACAUUCCUAAAACCAGCAGGACAGAAAAUGACAGAUCCAUCAAGUCGGAAAUUGCUGAAGUUGAGAUCACAGAAGAAUACACUGCUACAAAGACAGUGGUUUCUAAAGAUGCCGAAGCCACUACUGAGGAACUGUCCAUAGUUAAUGUUGUUGAAGUAACCACCACAACCACUCAUUCAGAGCAUCAGCAUCAUCAUGCAAAGAAGAAGAAGACCAAAGCCGUGGACCUGCCUUCGUACGAAAGUCUUAACUGUUCUCCCAAAAAGAAGAGUGCUCCAAUCGAACCAACUCUGUCCGAUGUUGUGGCAGAGACUAUAGAUACUGUUGCAGAGCAGGACUUGCCUCCCAUAAGCCAUGUCAGGGAGCACAUAAGACGUCAUUCCUCUCCAAAAAUCACUCCACAAGAGACAUUCAUAGCUUGUAGUCCUCGCAGUUUUGGUAAUAAUUUGAACUCGAUGGACAGCUGGUCAUCUCCAGUGGAGCAGGAGGAUUACCUGACUGAUCUUCCUCGAGAAAGAACAUCCAGUACCAGUCAAGAUAUACCUCAAAGAAUGAAAUCUGAAAGUUUUGGGACCUUAUUAAAGAACUAUACUCCAACAACUGCUGUGUCGUCUUCUUUAGAUGAAGUUUUAAACAACCUGGAUAAUCAAGACCCAAAUGACAGUAGUCAGGAUCAAGUAGAUAAAGCACGAGAUGUCACUGAUAAUGAGUCAGUCGAUAUAGCACUUGAGGAUUACGAAGUGAUACCAAAUUCAGCUUUACAUAAACAGGAUGAGGGAAUAUUGGCUGUGAAGAAACAACAGAUGUGUGAGAUAGCUACAGAGAAAGGUCUGGAUGCUCAGAACUACCAGUGUAAAGAUUGUAAACGACCUAUUGGAUUGUUCUAUGGUAAACCAAGAGUCUGUGCGUUUGACGGAGGUUACUAUUGUUUUGAAUGCCACGAAAAUGAAGAAUUUUAUAUUCCAGCUCUUAUUGUACAUAAUUGGGAUUUUAGAAAACAACAAGUGUCCAGAAAUAAUUUAAAGUUUUUAAUGGAGUACGAAGAAGAAGCAUUAUUAGAUAUUUCAGAUAUUAACCCUAAAUUAUACUCACAUGUUCCUGAGAUGGAAGAACUCAAGCUAUUACGGACCCAGUUAUUUUAUUUAAAAACUUAUUUAUUUACCUGUAACCAAGCGAUGGCCGAGGAAUUACGGAAGAGGGUGUGGCCUCGUGAAUUUCUGUAUGAUGAUAUUCAUGUUUAUUCAUUAGGGGAUUUCUUCCAUGUGUAUUCUGGUCAACUAGCUCGUAGUUUAAAAGAGAUUAACAAGUUUGCUAUGAACCAUGUAUAUGAUUGUUUAUUGUGUAGUCAGAAAGGGUUUAUUUGUGAAAUCUGUAGCAGUAAGAAGGUCAUUUAUCCCUUUGAAACCGACACAACACAUAGGUGUUCGAUUUGUAAUGCAGUCUUCCACAAAACGUGUAUGUCAGAACAACUGCCAUGUCCCCGGUGCCAGAGAUGGCGCAGAAGACAGAAUGCUAAUCAUGUUUCUAAAGAUGCUAUACUGAUGCUGAACUUAGUAUCCAAAUUAUGCCUGCAAAAACCACCUUUUAUUGCUGUCAGAGUUUGUUCACACUACGAGCAGAGAAAGGUGAUGCAGAGAAGAGCAGAUCAAUCAGGCAUUCACAUAUUAGCAGAGUAGGGCGCUCUGAAAUCAAUCAUUUACUAUGGAGGAUUUUUCUGUGAGCGUUCCGAUGACUUCUUUGCCAUGCUAAUUAAACCAUGGACAAUUGCUAAACAUUAAACAUUAAUGCUGCUACUAACUGCUCUGCGUGGCCCUGCUCAACUUGUAGUGUGAAAGAAGGUUUUUAUAAGAAUGUGUUAUGUGUGCAAUAUACUGUUUUGUUGUUAUGAUAAAUGAAAUGAAAUGUGGGUU